CUGAGUCCUGCUUGCUGUCAAUUCAAGCAAUCUGUCACAGUAGCAGGGGUUCAAUGCACCACGAUCAUGAUGAUAUUGUGCAAAACCCCUUUGGAGGAAAAGGUCCGAACCACAGUCGGGAUUACAGUCGCUGGGGCAAUAUUGGCAGCAGUCAAAAUUACGGCAACGCUGGAGGUGGUGGCCCUGUUGCUGAGCUUGAAGCAGUUCUGGCAGGUUAUGAAGGUCCUGCGGAGGGGCACGAGGAACCGGACACCAAGUUUGCUGAGGAAAUCAUCAGACUUUUCUCGCUCGAGAUGACGACAUUGAGCGCCCUCGAUCCGCAUGGCUACGUCUCGGUCGUUUGUCGAAUCUGGGAGAUGGAAGACCAAGGGCUUCUAUUGCAGAGUAACCUCAUCAAUGAGCUCGGUAUCCGUUCGAUGCUUGGCGCUGCCUGCGAGAUGUCGUGUCAGGUCCUGGCAUGUCAGACGCUGCGCAGGUGGCUUGCCGGAGGAAGUCUUGAGAACAAGCAGCUCAUUGUGGAGGCAGUCUUGGAUGCCAUGAUCUACAAUCGACAGCGGGGUGGUGAGCAGGGGAGUUGGAGUAUACGGCUCUGGGAAGAGGCAAUUUUGAGCGAGGCCGUGAGUUCAAACAUCGCAAAGAGCGUUGUCAGGUCUGUCAUUGUCCGCUUCUGCGUCACCGACUGUGUUGCUUCUGAUCCUUGCCACAUCAAUGCAGCCAUGGAGUGUAUUGGGGUCCUCGUCCGCAGAAGCUCCUUAUCCUUGCCCUCCUCUUCUUCUGAUCGCCCUCCGCCUUCCGGUUCCCGAUGGGAACACACUGUCCUGGACGCAAUCCGCACAGCGAUUGUUCAACGAUGUUUCCGCGAUCCUUCACUCAGCUAUGAUGACACACUUGCAGCUGGGUUCAUGUGCAUGUUCAUGAAGACUGCAAAGCUGGACAGCCGAGGAGCAGACGCGUAUGUUAAUGACAUUAUCGGGUUACUGAAACAGGAUGUCACGGUGCCAUGUACUGCACAGGACCGCUACUUCCGUGUCAUUGAUCGCCUAAAGAAGCGGAUGAAGAAAAACAUAUAUAAGGAUGCAUUCGCGUAUGCAUUUGACACUGACUGGCAAGAGUCGAUCCUGGAACCGCUCGAGUCGUAGGGCGGCUAGGGCCAUUGCCACUAGGCGUAUUGGUUCGGUAUCUGCCUGGCAAGCUGCAGGUUGUGUGUUCGAUACCUGGAUCGGACAUCCAAGUAUGUCGAUCCUGGAGUCGUUCGGCCUAUAAUUGGUUUGAUAAGUAUCUGCCUGUCAAGCUGCCGGUUGUGUGUUCGAUUCCUAAAUUGGACAUAGAUAUACAAGGAUGUGUUUGAGUACUAUGCAUUUGACACUGAUUAGCAAGGGUCGAUCUCGAGUCGUAGGGCCAUUGCCACUAGGCGUAUAGGUUGUGUGUUUGAUUCCUGCAUCGGACAUCCGAGUAUGUCGAUCCCGGAACCGCUCGGCCUAUUGGUUUC